AUGACCAAGCUGCGCGAUCUCAAAGAAGAGGCUCGUCAGGCUCUCUAUAGGAUGUGGGGAGAGACUUCACUUGGGCUGCCUCCCGACUGGCCCUACCUGGAUAUCCCACAGUCGGCCCUGACCGCCUACAGUGCUCUUUGCAAGCAGGUAGUUUUGGCUGAACAGGAACUUGCAGAUAUCUGGACGCCACCCAACGGCCUGCUUUCAGAUUUCACAUUAGCCCAUUUCACGCGUGUCAAUCUGGACAAACGACGUGCCAAGUAUGUGGCGGAUUUGGACAAGACUGCUAAGCUCGACUUGGCCACCGUUUGGAAGGGUGACGAGCGGUUUAGAAUUCCUUCUGCAAUUCCAGGAAUGCUCAGAAACCUGAACACGUCGUUGGACGGUCUUUGGGAGAAUGAAUAUGUCGUACAGCUUCUAUCGGCCAACCAUUUCCAACCAAGAAAUAUUCAGAAAGCCUCUCAGAUUCUGACUUCUGACUCCGCCUCGUCUGGAGAGAGCCAACUUCUGCCGUCGGAUGAUGAGGAUGAAUCUCAGUCUCAAAACUCGACCCUUGCCACCCCUAACUUGGGCGAUCAUGCAGACCAAGUCCGGCGCCGUUGCUCAACAGGAAUACCAGAUGCAGCUACAUUCUUAGCCACCUUUACCACUCGUCACCAAGAAGCUCUCUCGCGGAAGAGAUUCCAGGACGACAUAGACCCUAGAGACCUGGACCCUUUUGGUAAUGAAGACACGAUGGACUCACCCCAAACCGGAGAGGAACUCACUGUUUCCGAGAAUGGUCAAGCUCGGCUGUUCGGACUGGGUCUGACGACUCACAAGCAAACCACCGUGAGCCGUCAGCCAGGCGUUCUACCCAAAUUUGGUACUAGCCCCAGACUUCUUAGUACUCCUAAUUCUAUUCGUGACCAACCACAAGCGCCUCAUCUGCCUCUUGCCUCGCUCAAAAAGGGAAUGCGAAGACACCGAAAUUUGAGUGCCAGCGGUACUCCCAUUUUAGGAGGAGAUCGCAGCACAUCUGUCGGCUCCUCCUUGCCAAAGGAUUCACAUCUUUCAGGUAUACUCAAGGGAAGACGCGAGUUCAUGUUGUCCAGCAAUGCUGGCCAGACCAAUGGUAUUAGAGGACAGUGUCCGACAGGUUCUCCAUCAUCACCCAGUACUUCACGGUUCUCAGUCAAUCGCAAGAGAACCAGUGCUGUCGCCCUCAUUGACGACAACGAUGAACCCAGCGAGUCUAAAGCGAAACACACCAAAUAUGCUUAUUCAUCAAAAGAUGAGACAUGCAGCUACUCCGCGAGUCAAAGAUCGCAUAUAUGCACAGCAAUCGAAUCGACAGUUGACAAUGCGUGGUUGAAUUCAACUUGCCUACAGAAUGUCUUGAAUGCCUUUUUUUAUGACACAAAUUCAGUCGUCCUUGAGUCGACGUAUGCUGAGCCCGGGGCGUUUACGAAUUUCCAUCUUCAACUACCGCAUGAUACGGGAAGACUAGUUUUGCCUGUCCAUCUAGAUAAUCACUGGUCAUUAUCAAUCGUGGACCUCGAAACUGGACAAAUGCAUUGGUACAAUUCGAAGUCUCUUGGUAAGCAGUAUGAGCAACGGGUCGAGACUAACUUGAGAAAUUUCACAACAUGGUUGACAACCGAAAAGUACUGCAGUGUGGAAGAAUGGUCUUUCAUAGGCCAGCCAUGUCUCCAGCAGAAUGAUUCCUCCUCGUGCGGUGUCUACGUUCUCGCGGUCGGCGCCCACCUUGCUGCUGACACUUCAAUCCCGUCCUUUAUAUGUCAAGUAGCUUGGCGACAGUUGGUUCAAAGAAUUCUACAAGCCUAUGCUCCACAUUCACACGACUCUUUAUUCUCCUCCCAAGGUCGCGAAUAUCUUCAAAAACCUACCAAUGAGUUAGUGGAAAGUCUCAAGCUGGCUCUUGAAGCGUUGGCCAGAAUUUCCAGCCAACUGCAAGAAUAUGUUGUGGCUGUCGACGCACGAUCUACCGAGCUGGAGAAUUCACAAUCUAGUUAUUCCCGAAUUGUUGAUUUGUUCUACACGAUUCCCGAGGCCGGUCGACUUGACGAGAGCCAGGCGCAAUUUGUGGUCAAAUUGAACUCCGUCGGGAAGGAGGUCAAGGAGAUCAAGCGUCUGAAAGUUCCGUUGGCCAAUACUCUAGUCGGCAUGGAAGCUGCGACUCGGCAUUCUGCGACUCUUUACGAGUCCGUAUGCGUGAAAUUACAAGAGACUGAAAAACAGGGGAUCAAGGAAGCUCAAGCUCGCGUUGAAGGGAGACAGCGUGAUCUAGAACAAGUACGAAGUGUGAUGUUUGGUGACUUUUUGACGCUCUUUUUCUAA